AUGGAACGUUAUCAGCAGUACGCAACGCAAGUCAAGGAUGAGAAGGAGGAUGACGAGCUCGAAGACUGGAUACCACUAAAGCAGGAGCAAGACCUCGAGGAGCGCAAUCCCACUGUUAUUCCCAAAGCCGGACCAUCUGGCGAGACGACUCUUAGGUCCUAUAGACGAGAGAAUGCCCGCAAUCGACUUCGAGAGAUUCCAUAUUCCGCGCGCAAACGAAGACACAGAGCGAGAGACCCCCAGCAACCACCAAAGCGAGUGCGCCUAGCAGAGAAAAAACGAAAAGUCGAGGCGAUGAGCUAUCAGCCGGGCAAAAAAGAUAUCCGGGAUUCUCAGAUCCAGCAAGAGCUCUCUGACACCCGCAAGAUGAUAGCAGAACUUAGAGCACGCUCACAAGCGGGUGCACUGAAUACACAACCUUCGCCUCCUCGUCAAGAACCCGAACCGACCCUUGUCACGAAGCGAGAAAGUACUAAAAUAGCAAUAAGAGCGGAUAUAACCCGGCUGGAGCAAGAACUAAAGGAAGCAUGUCGGCAGGGCGAGAACGCUAUACGUGAUGCUCGCGCCGGUGAUAACAACGACGCCGAUGUUGAAGCUCUGGAGAAACUGCUUUCAAGGGAGCAAGGAAAGGACAGGGUGAUGGUUAGGAGGAUGCAGAAGGCUCUUAGGAGGGCGGAGGACAACAGUGGAGAAGUGCAUAGUGGCUCACACCAGGUCAUCGAGCAGGAGGUUGGUAUGACAGGCUGGCCAGGAAGUCGUGAUCUACCGAUUAGACAACUCAUCAAGGUUGAGGAUGAAGACAUGGAGUUUGAGAACGAGGAAUAG